CAGGGCUGCCAGUAACCGCAGUAGUGGGAGGAGGUGGGCAGGUAGAGGCCGCGCUGGUACAGGAGCAUCAAUCUGCCGAGAAGGGACGCUGGAGUCCGGAGCGCCGAGAGCAGGAGACGGCGGAGGCUCGGGGCCUAGAGCGAAGCGCUGCAGGUCUGAUACGUGUCAAGAGCAAAUGCGGAUCUUGUGGUGACAUUCAUUUUGGUUACAAUGUGUCUGCAGUCUUUGAAUAAAAAUGAGCAUCAUCUGGAUUAUUAUGUAUCCCAGUGUCACAUUGUGCCCUUCAGUUAGCUUCUCUUGGACAUGGUCUGCAAAGAAUGUUUUUAUGUUAACCAAAUUCCAGUGCCUCUACAAUCCCGCUCUUAAAACCAGCACUCAUUUUUGAUGUAUAACAGUUGUCAUGGAAACUGGCAGAAGUUGCCAAGAAAAAAAUGCUAGAAAGUCCUCUUCCAUCUGUGCAAAACAAGAUGAGGGUCACAAUGAUGGAGAGUGCCCCAAGGUGGAUGUGCACUCUACACAGUCAUGUAUGGAACAACAAACUCAAGGGAAGCAGAAAAAAACUCCAUUCAAAUUCUUUGGAGGAAAAAGGAGCAUCGUCACUUUACCCAGCUUCUUUGGAGGAAAGCACAAAGGAUUAGGAAAAGGAAAUGCUAGAAAAUCAAUGAGCAAAAGCAAGACCCAUGACGGCAUCAGUGAUGUACCUGGGGAUGAUGGAAAGAAGGGCUGUUCUGAUCAUUCUAUCAACAGGCAUCAUGGACAUGACCUAUGUAAGACAGGCAAUAUUCUUCCCAGCUCUCUUAGUGCAGAUUCUGGAAUUACAUCUCCAGUUAAGCUUGAUUUCAGUUUCCAUGAUAUAUCUCCUAUGGGCAGCACAGAGUGCUUUGAAAAAAAGAUGAAUGGAGAGAAAUCCUUCUCCUUUCCGAGGCCUAAGAAAGGGUUGAAGGGAUUAUUUAGCAGCAUUCGUAGGCACAAGAAAAACAAAACUCCUGACCCUGACAAGUGUGAGAGGUAUGACCAUAUUACCGAGACUGUUAUUUUAGAACAAUUGAAUAAGUACCCAUCAGAGGAUGCUGAACUGCAGUGCAGCAGUGAGCAACCAAAGAGGAGGAGCGAAGAAUCUGUUCCCACAGAUUGUUUACGGAAUCUGACAAUUGUGUGUGAAAAUGAGGAGGAGACUCAGCAGGGUUCUGUAAGCCCGCCCAACCUAACACCACAGAAAUCCAAGGAAUUUGUUGUGGAAGCCAAUGAAGGUCUCCCUAAUGACCAAAAUCCUGUCACCAUUUCCAAACCUGACUGCCUUACUGAUAGUUCAGUCCCGGAAGUUUCCUCUGAUGUUUUAAAUACUGACCUUGACAGAGAAUCCUCUCUUAACUCUGCUGGAGACCACCUCAGCCUUAUGUUUGAGGAUGUGUCAUCACUGAAGAGUUUUGAUUCCCUUACAGGAUGUGGGGAUAUUAUUGCUGAACAGGACAUUGACAAUAUUAGUGAUACUUCCCUUUCCUUAGAAAGGAGCAGGGAAACGACUAAGAGAAGUUCUUGUCUUGUUACUUAUCAAGGAGGGGGAGAGGAGAUGGCAACACCAGAUGACAUGGAAGAGGAGUACCUUCAGAGACUUUUGGAAGAUGGCAAUGAAGUUGAUGCAAGCUAUGAACUGGAAGAAAAGGUACAUGAAGAGAUGUCCAAGGGUUAUACUGAACUGCAGCCACAUGCUUAUUCAGUUGGUGCAGAAGAUGCCUUCGUUGAUAGAACUGUUCUAAGCAGCGCAGAGUUACUGACUCCCCAAAGUGACCAUCAAGUGUCUGCACCAAAUAGUGAUGAAGGGUACUAUGACUCUACCACACCUGGACCAGAUGAUGAUGGUGGAGAAAGAUUUUCUCAUAAAGAACGUCUUCCAAGAGACAGCUACAGUGGAGAUGCACUUUAUGAGUUUUAUGAGCCAGAUGACAGUCUCAUGAGUCCUGCACCUGGUGGAGAGUCUUUGUAUGAGAGUAAAACACUAUGUUCUGAAAUAUUUGAUCACUUUUUUGAUUUCAAUCUUCCCAUAAACAGUGGGUUAAGCCAGGAUGGAGAGCGCAAAAAAGGUGCAACUGAAACAGAAGAGGAACGGUUGGCAGUAAUUCAAAAACAGCUGCUGUUCUGGGAAAUGCAAAGAGAAGCAGCAUUGAAAGGAUUAGGACAUAUAAAUAAAGAUACUUUUUCCAAAGAAAACCAAAUUGAAUGUGAUAUCAGGGCUGUUCACUUAUUGGGCAGGAGCAAGGGCUGCCUUACAAGAGAACAAAAUGUUAGCAAAGAUGUUGGUGACAAAGGAAUGCAGCAUACGGAAACUGGGAAACAGACUUGGAAAGACCAUCAGGAAACCCCUUUACCAGACUCUGAUUACCACAGAAGUUACAUACAUCAUGUGGAUGGAAAUGGCCUUGUUGAGAAUCCUGGUUUUGAGUUGAAUGUUGGUAGCUUUGAAGCUCGAGACCAGAGUGACACUAAGUUGGCAACUACUCCCAAACUUUCCAAUUCUAGUAUUUCACCUAUGCAUCAUGUCCACAAUGUAUUUAGUUCUGAAUUUACCUGCCUGUCUAACUACAGUGCAGAAAAUGAAUGUGAGCAAGCAGUAGACUUUGCUGAUAAUGGCAUGUUAUUUUCAAGUAUUUCUGAAAGACUUGGCGGUGCUGGUUCUAGUACAUCAUUUCAUCACAAUUUAAAUGCUCUUCCAACUAUGAUCACUUUUGAUGUAGUUGAUUUUGAAAAUGAAGGUGAAUGUGAGCAGCAAGUUGAUCUAAGUCCAGAUGGAGAGGUUGUAUCAUCCUUUGAGACUUUUGACCACAGUUAUGUACAGGAAUCUUUGGCUGAAUGUGAUGAACACUUAUUACAGAUGGACUCCCAUCAGUCUUUCAACAAUUAUACUUGGGGAGUGACCAGCCUUCCUCGUCACCUUGAGCAGUAUAAGCUGAGUCCUUUUAAGCCAGUUCCACUUUCUGUUAACAGAAGAAGCAAGUCAUUAGACACAGAAAGCUUGGAGCUUGAGCUUGGUGGAAUACAUAUGUCUAAAAGUGGCUUGAAAUCCUACGAUUUGCUCACCCCUUGGGAGGAUAGAAAGAAUUCUAGUCAGUGUGAAGAUCGCUGUGCAAAUGGAGACAAAGCAAGGUUUAACGGGUGUAAAAUGUUGGGGCAAAUUGUUCUGGCAAAUGAAAAGUCUGAAGCCUAUACACCAGUUCUGUCUCCAAAGCAGGGCUAUAACAGGGAACUGCUGGGUUCCAACACCAGUAGCCAGCUGCCACUAGAUCGCAGGGAGAUUGGAAACACCACUACAGAGACUGUGCAGUAUAACACUAGGCAGCCUCAAGAGGAUUCCAAAUCCUGCCGAUACUCCAGAGAUAACACUACAAAAAAGCUUGCUCGUGUGUUACCUCUGGAGGAACAAAGGGGUGUAGAUACACAGUUCAAGUGUGAUUAUGAUGCAGCUUAUAAGCAAAUUAAGACCAAACCUGUUGGUGUUACACAAGCAAUGCCCCAGCAGCACAAAAAGGACUAUUAUCUACAGUUGGACUUCGUGGAAAGGUCUGGGCCUUCCAAGAAAGGCAUUUUGGAGCACAGGGAUACAUCACCCAUUGAUUGGAGUAAUAAUUACAGUGAAUGUUCAAAUGGCUAAUUAAUGCACAC